CUCUUCAAAAUUUUUCCACCUGAUAACAACCGGCGUUCAAAAAAGAAUUCGUAGGGCAUUUAUUGGAAAACUUCAAGAAAAUAUAAAUUAAAAUUUUUUGACCAUCGAAUUGGUAUGGAUAAGUUUCUCAAACAUAAACUGUACUUCCCCUCCCUGGAAGAAGUUGCUGGUGUUCUUGAAAAGGGGUUACAAGAAACAUUUACGUCUGUGAGUGUACGUGUGGUAGAAUGUCCCAAUUUAAAGGAAAAGCCUUUUAUGCUGGCUAGUGAAGGAUUGUCUGGGAAGACAGCUCUUGCUGAUGUUGGUGGUGUUCCAUAUUUGGUACCUUUAGCUCAAAAGGAUAAGAUUUACGAUAUGAAAAAAAUUGCACAAAAAAUUGGAACUCCAAAUGCUUUCAUUAUAGGGGCUGGAGCAGGUCCCAGACAUCAUAUUGGAACAAAUUGUGAGAUGAUGGCAAAUAUAAAAUUAGAUCCAGAGUUUAAUAAUACUCAUAUAGCUAAAAUAGGAAAGGAAAAGGAUUAUGAAUUAAUUCAAUUAAAAGACAGCUCAGAGUUCUGUCUUCUGGGGAAUCUUUUUAUAUCUGAAGGAAAACCUGGCAAAGUUAUACAAGUAUUAGCCCAAAAAAGGAAAGGCCCAGAGAACUUUGUUAGUGCAAUGCGUAAAGUUUUAGCAAAGGAAUAUGGUGUGAAACCAGUUGGAAUGGGAGGUGUUUUUGUAAUCAAAAGUGGAAAAGCAAAGUUGCAUAUUAUGCCUGAUUAUUCAGAGAAGCCAUUGAAUAGUGAUGAUGAUGUCAACAACUGGCUAAAGUUUUUUGAUUUACCUGCACCUCUCUCUUGCUUGAGUACAUUUGUCUCUUGUGAUCCUGGUUUGGAUUUAAGGAUUGAGCACACACAUUGCUUCAGCGAUCAUGGUGUAGGAGGCCAUUAUCAUGAAGAUACUACCCCUGAUUGUGUGGAUUAUGAAGGAUACUUUAAUGUAGCUGAUUUCAUGUACCGAUUUGACCCGCCUUCUGUUACUCACCAAAUUGGGCGUGACUAAGUUUUAUCUUCUGAAAAAAAUGUUUUUUGUCAAGUGAUAAGUGAUUAUUUUCUAAUUUAAAAAAGUAUUUUUUAAAAUUUUUUCAUAUCUGUGCCAAAAAAAAAGCCCACUUAACUUUUAAAAAUUUUUAUAUUCCAUAUUAUAAGGCUAUUAAUAUUGUGAUAUGUUCAUGUGUAUAUCUCUACUAAUUAAAAUGAUUGUUAAAGGUUUUUAAAAAAAUGAUAGUUGCAUGUUUUUGAAAAUAUGAUGAAUUUUGACAUUGUUAUAAAUAUUUAUUUUAUCAAUAAAACUGUUAGAGAUUGACUGCUUGAGAGUAUUUUAAAUACUGAAGUAUUUUGUACUGUAUAAUUUAGUUUUGAUAUUAUGAAAUACCAACAUAAGUUUUAUAGCAAUUUUACUGAGAAAAAAUUUAAUAAUGAUAGAAUGGAUUAUUUUAUGAAUGAAAGAAUAUGAAAUACACAGAAGAUACAAUUUUAUGUAUUCUA